AUGCAGCGUUCAGCACUCCUCGUCCUUUCGUUUUUGAGCGUCUACACCUUUGCUUGGCCCUACCAAGAGUCACUCGCCGAUUAUAAUUUAAACGAGAACAAAUCUGCCAACUCCCCAAUAGAUUAUUGGGGAGCAUGGCCGGACCAUGAAUAUCAUCCUUCGCCAGAUAACUGGCGCAUGCCUACCUAUACAAUUUUCUUGGAUCGCAUAUCCAACGGUGACCCUACAAAUGACGAUAUUAACGGGACUACAUUUGAGCAUGUAGUCAACUCCAAUCAGAUGCGUCAUGGUGGUGAUCUGGAUGGCUUGAUAGAUACCCUGGAUUACAUUCAGGGUAUGGGAUUCAAGGUCAUCUAUUUCGCCGGAACGUAUCUGAUGAACUUGCCCUGGGCCUACGAUGGCUACUCACCGGUCGAUACCACUCUCCUCGACAUGCAUUACGGUACACUUGAGGAUUGGAGACGGACCAUCGAGGAGAUCCACAAACGGGACAUGUAUGUGUUGAUGGAUAACACACUUUCAACCAUGAGCAACCUGAUCGGUUUCAAAGGCCAUCUGAACGACUCAGCCGAUUUUAGAGCCCACGAAUAUGAAGUCCAAUGGGUCACGGAUAGAGAAUAUGCCGAUUUCAGUUUCGGAAACGAGUAUAACGAAACCUGCAACUAUCCCAAAUUCUGGGAUGAAACUGGCUACCCUUUGACGACCAAUGGCGUUCAAGACUUGAAGGGUUGCUACAACAGUGACUUCGAUCAGUAUGGAGAGCUCGAGGCGUUUGGUAAUUUCCCCGACUGGCAGCGCCAGCUUACGAAGUUCGCCUCCGUGCAGGAUCGCCUGCGUGAAUGGCACAAGCCCGUCCGCGAUGUCAUCACCCAACACACCUGUCUUCAGAUCGCGAGUCUGGAUGUCGACGGUUUUCGCUUUGAUAAGAGUGUGCAAUCGACACUCGAGCCUCUGAGUGAAAUGACUGCGAUCUAUCGCGAGUGUGCGAAGAAGCUCGGCAAGAACAAUUUCUUCCUUCCCGGCGAGAUCACGUCUGGAGAUAGCUUCGGUAGUCUUUAUCUCGGUCGCGGUCGCCAGCCAGAUCAGCGCGCGGCCUCUGCAGGUGCGGCAGUCAAGCUUACCAACAGUUCGGAAGGGGCUUUCCUCAGAGAUGAUGGGCUGCAAGCGCUGGACGCCUCCGCUUUUCACUAUACAAUCUAUCGUUCGAUGACCCGUUUUCUGGGUAUGGACGGUAACUUGGUUGCUGGCUUUGACUUGCCUACCGAUUUCAUUGAGGCUUGGAAUGAGAUGCUUAUUACCAACGAUUUCCUCAAUGCCUUCACAGGAGAGUUGGAUCCCAGACAUAUGUAUGGUGUCUCGAACCAAGAUAACUUCCGUUGGCCAGCGGUACAGAAUGGCACAGAUAAAUACCUUCUAGGUCUGUACAUUAUCUCGCUGGAACUUCCUGGUGUUCCUCUCAUCUUGUGGGGAGAAGAGCAGGCAAUGUACGUGUUUGACGCUACUGCAUCAAACUACAUGUUUGGUCGGCAGCCUAUGACCUACCAGACCGCGUGGUGGACACAAGGCUGCUUCAAUCUGAACACCUCCAAGUUCUACGAUUUCCCCAUCGAGAAGGGCCGUCAUGGAUGUAACGAUAUCACUGUCACGUACGACCAGCGGAAUCCCGCCCACCCACUUCGCAACAUCAUGAAGCGUAUGUUCGAGAUCCGAGCUCAUUACCCAGUCGCCCAGGAUGGACUGUUUCUUCAAACAAUCUCUCAACUCACGAAAGAUAUCUAUCUCCCUGGUUCUUCCACCACCCCCACGGUCACUGGCCUUUGGUCGGUUUUGCGAAGUUAUUUCCCCGGAGUACAAACUGACGCAAUCCUGGGCAAUGAGACUCUAUGGCUUGUGUAUCAGAAUGGAAACUCAACCGAAACCUACGGCGGAAAUUGCAGUGAUAAGAACACCUCCUUGUUGGCUCCAUUUGACUCAGGGACAAAACUGAGGAAUCUUUUCUAUCCUUAUGAUGAACUCACUCUGGAAGAUGGUCCCGCCGACCAAGAAUCCGGCACUACCUACGGAUGUGUCCGUAAAAUGGAGUUGCUUCCAUGGGAGUACCGGUCCUAUGUGGAGAGCAAAUACUUUGUGGAGCCUGGCCCUACCGUCACUGACUUCUACCCUGGACACGAUGCUCGAUUGCUGUCAUCUGAAGACACGGGUGAAACCAUGCCAAUUCAGCUUGGUUAUUCCACAGAGAUGGACUGUGACAGCAUCACAAAGUCAAUCGUCUUGAAUUCCACAACGGAGAAAUCCAUCACCGCUAAGCUUGAUACAUCUAGCGUUAAAUGCACCAAAAUCAAGCCUAGGACCACGAGCCAUAAUCUUGUGGGAGAAAUCCCGACUGUUUGGACAUGGUCUGCCAACCUGAGCAAUGUCCAUCAUGGAAUUCACCAACUGACCGUCAAGAAUGUUUCCUCGUCUGGAGUUUACACAAACGCGACAGACAAAUUCUUACUCCGCCUCGGUGCCUAUGACAACCCCCUGAUUUCUCCGCUUGCCAAUUACUCUACCAGCCUGGUCCACAAGUCCUCCGAUAGCUUUUAUGUUCAGCAUAACGCCGCCGGCGCUGACAAGUUCCGAUACUCGACUGAUUUCGGCCGGAGCUGGACCAACUGGACGACGUAUGAAGGUGGCAACACAACAGUCACCAUCCCGACUUGGACCGGAACAGACAAGCAGAAGUGGAGCGGAACUCAUAUCCGCGUACAGUACUUCUCAAGGCUUACUGGAAGCAGCGAUUACAUCCAAGAAGGCGAUUAUGCGUGGGAAGAGAAUGCCGUUCGAAGAUUCCCACAUCUGUGGUUUAAUGGUCCAUACAACCAAUAUGGCUAUGACGCAGGCUUGAAUAGCAAGAUGAAGUACGACGCUAAAACGUCUCGCUGGAACUACGACUUUGUCUACGAAUGGCCAGCUGUUGGCCAACUGAGUGUUUGGGGCGAGGAUGACCAGGGCGUUCCUGAUGUUACCGAGGUUUACGGCGACGUCGGCAACUCAUCUUCGGUGCAAAAGCUUCCUCCCUCCUAUUUCGCAUCGAACGUAAUCAACAUCACCGGCAUUCCGCCAUUUCCCCAUCUUGGCUGGACCAUCUCCCUCAAUGAUGGCAACCUGAGAUACCAGCUGAUCCCCGUCGGAAAUGGAUGGGCCCAGUUGGCUCUCUUCAUUCUAUUCUGGAUUGUUCCGAUUCUCAUGGGCUCGGCCGGUGUCUUCAUCUUCAUCCGGAACUUCUACCGUGUCAAGCUCAACAAGGAUGGUAAUGUCGUCAAGGCUGAUACACUGCCGGUAGCACUGUGGCGCAAAAUCAAAGGAAGUGUCGCCAGAGACAAUGAAUCGGAUAUCCCGAUGGCGGAGCAGGCUGCGCCAACUAGCAUUGUUGCCGCGGGUGCGAGUGACCAACGGCGCACCGUAUUGAUCGCCACUAUGGAGUAUGACAUCCAAGAUUGGCAGGUUAAAGUCAAGAUUGGUGGUCUGGGAGUAAUGGCGCAGCUCAUGUCCCAGAACUUGAAGCAUCAGAACCUUAUCUGGGUGGUGCCGUGUGUCGGUGAUAUCGAUUACCCCGUGGAUACGCCUGCGGAACCUUUUGUGGUGACGAUCCUCGAUAACCCUUACUCGGUGAAGGUGCAGUACCACGUUGUGGACAACAUCACCUACGUUCUGCUUGAUGCUCCCGUUUUCCGCCACCAGACCAAGGCCGAGCCUUAUCCCCCACGUAUGGACGAUCUUGACAGUGCGAUCUAUUAUUCAGCCUGGAACCAGUGUAUCGCAGAGGCAAUCAAGCGAACGCCCUCGAUUGAUCUCUACCACAUCAACGAUUUCCACGGUUGCGUGGCGCCACUCUACCUCCUGCCGUCACGUACCAUCCCGGUUUGUCUGUCGUUGCACAAUGCCGAGUUCCAAGGCCUUUGGGCACUACGAACCCAGCAAGAGAAGAAGGAAGUCUGCUCUGUUUUCAAUUUACCCAUUGAAAUAGCCACCAAAUAUUGUCAAUUUGGCAAUGUGUUUAAUCUGCUUCACACCGGUGCUAGCUAUUUGCGAUUCCACCAGCGGGGCUUCGGCGCGGUUGGUGUGUCCGAGAAGUAUGGAAAGCGCUCAUGGGCCCGUUAUCCCAUCUUUUGGAGUCUUGGAAAGAUUGGUAGUCUCCCCAACCCGGAUCCAUCAGACACAGGCGCCUUGAAGAAAGACCCGAACGUCCAAGUCACAGUUCAGUCUGUCGAUGAGUCGGCUAAUGACAAGCUCCAGGCACAGAAAUGGGCCGGCUUGAACGAGGACCCCAACGCUGACCUACUGGUCUUCGUGGGUAGAUGGUCAAAACAGAAGGGUGUCGACUUGAUUGCGGAUGUUAUGCCAGCAGUCCUGUCUGCCAGACCUCAAGUGCAACUGAUUUGUAUCGGUCCUAUCAUCGAUCUGUACGGCAAACUGGCUGCUAUCAAGUUGGAGCGCAUCAUGCAAAUGUUCCCGGGCCGUGUGUUUUCAAAGCCAGAGUUCACGAUCCUUCCCCCCUUUGUGUUUUCCGGUGCGGACUUCGCCUUGAUCCCAUCUCGAGACGAACCCUUCGGAUUGAUCGCCGUUGAGUUCGGCCGCAAGGGCGCUCUCGGAAUUGGUUCUCGCAUUGGUGGUCUAGGCCAAAUGCCUGGUUGGUGGUAUACUGUGGAGUCGGACUCUGCCCGCCAUCUGCUACACCAGCUUAGGACCGCCAUCAAAUCCGCUCUGGAAUCAUCACCCGAGACACGAGCGGAGAUGCGUGCAAACUCUGCUAAGCAGCGAUUCCCCGUUCUUGAGUGGGUUCAGAAGCUAGAAGUGUUGCAACGGACAGCUAUCGACAUCCAUCACCAGAAAAAUCAACUCACUGUGGCCGGCCCCGCACGAGAGUCCCAGAUUUACUGGGAGACGCAGGGCCUGCGUGAUUCCACAAUGAUGGGGGCUUUGGACUCGCCACCAAGGAGAACAUCGCAAGCUAUCCAGCCCUCGCUUCUAGAGCUACAGGCAGCUGAAGCUCAAGAAAUGCAGGCUGACAGCAACAGAAGCAGCACGGUAGGUCGUCAGCUAUCGCUUGGUCGGCGAUCUGGGCCAGGCCAGGGCAGAAAGCGUCUCGUUAAGAAGUCGCCGCGCGACAGUCAGAUGGCUGAGCAGCCGGUCGAGGGUGACACCACAGACGCUGAGGAUGAGGGCUUCUCCACACCGCCAGAGAGAUACAUCUCUCCCGAGGAGGCUAUGGCAGCUAUCAGCUCGGCUCUUGGAUCGCAGGAUGUCGCCACGUCCGCUAGGGAAAAUCAUCACUCCCGUGGCGAUUCUACCUCAUCAAUCUCGGAGUCGUCGCGGUUCAUCUCCAGGGACUCCUCUCCAGGAAGGGCACCCAUGAUAUCUCGUGACUCCGGUUUUGAUCAAGCCAGACCUUUCGCCCACAACCAGAAUAUUUCCGUCCUAUCCUUGCCUUCUGUGGUCAAUGAUCACGAUUCACCUGUGUUCCAUCUGCAAAAGGUCGAUCCGACCUUUACUGACAGCAUGGGUCAUUUCACGCGGAACUUCGAAAAGUUGCUCACCAAUCUCAACAAGAAAAACUCCAGCACAGAUUAUUGUAUCGAGUCUUAUCUGAUGAAGAGCGAGCGCAAGUUCUUCUACAUGUACACCGACGCGCAGCUGAAGAAGCAGCCUAAAGAGCGCCCCGUGACUGGAGCCGGCUUGGAUCAGGCUGUCGAGAGCACACCGUACAGCCUCGUCACCGAUGGCUCUGAGCAGUCAGAAUCGAACAACACAGAUGAAAUCGAUAUGUGGCUCUCUCGUUUAGGAUACAAAAGGCCCAUUGCCAUUCAGCGUUUCAUGAGAUGGCGCGUCGGAAACUGGCCCGUCUAUGCUCUAUUCUUGGGUCUUGGACAAAUCAUCGCGACCAACUCAGCGCAGAUCACCCUGUUGGCUGGCCAGAUCGGUGAGACCGCAGUCAAGCUCUAUGUUAUUGCGGCCAUCUACUGCCUCUCUUCUAUUGUUUGGUGGUUCCUCUUUUACCGAUUCCCGUCUGUGAUAGUUCUCACUCUCCCCUGGUUCAUCUACUCCAUUGCAUUCAUCGUCAUUGGUGUUUCACCAUUCGCACUCUCGGACCUCGGUCGAGCGUGGGCUCAGAACGUCGCCGCAGGUGUCUAUUCCGCUGCCUCUUCCAGCGGUUCCUUGUUCUUCGCCCUCAACUUUGGAGAUCAAGGUGCUGUCCCUGUAAAGGACUGGAUGUUCCGCGCAAGUCUUAUCCAGGGAAUUUCUCAGUUGUAUACUGUUGCCCUGUGGUACUGGAGUUCCAGAGUCACUGAAGUAGAAGUUGGAGGCAUUUCCACAGCUGCAUUGAGCUCAUGGAGACUCACAGCCGUAGUGAUGCCCAUUGCCGCGGUGUGUUUCAUCAUCGGUGUACUCCUUGCACUCGGCUUGCCGAAGUAUUACCGCCAAUCACCUGGAAAGAUUCUCUUCUUCUACACAUCUCUCUUCCGACGCCGCAUUGUCCUCUGGUUUUUCUUCAUGGUCAUCAUUCAGAACUGGUUCCUUUCCGCGGCCUUUGGCCGAAACUGGUCAUUCCUCUGGUCCUCGCAACACGCCAAAGCAUGGGAAGUUGCACUCCUGGUCAUCUUCUUCUUUGUCGUUCUCUGGGUCGCCAUUAUGAUCCUCUUCCGCUACCUAUCCAAGGAGCACAGUUGGAUUCUUCCCGUUUUCGGCCUGAGCAUCGGCGCACCACGCUGGGCGCAAACGUGGUGGGGAACAUCCAAUAUCGGCUACUAUCUGCCAUGGGCGGGAGGUCUGACCUCCGGUGCGCUUGCGUCCCGAUGCCUGUGGCUAUGGCUCGGUGUCCUCGAUGAAAUCCAGCAAGUUGGUCUGGGAAUGAUUCUUCUGCAGACCUUGACAAGAGUCCACGUCUGCUUUGUCCUGUUGGCUGCGCAGUCUCUUGGAUCUAUCGCCACGAUCUGCGCUCGUGGAUUCGCGCCAAACAAGGUCGGUCCAGCAGGUAUCUCUCCAGCCGUGGGCUCGUCGCUGGAUGCAGUUGCGAAUGCGUGGUUCUGGAUUGCCCUUUUCUUCCAGCUAUUGGCCAGCUUUGGUUUCCUCUUGUUCUACCGCCGAGAGCAGCUCAAUCGGCCCUAG